GCACGAUGCAACGGGACGCGGAUACGUUUCGGCGCAAGGAAGAAAACUUUGUAUGGACAUGAGGACAUUUUGGGAUAAUUUGCUGUUUCUAAGAGAAAAGACAGCUUCCUAAGAGGGAAACGCGAUCAUUUACUUUCACUCUUCAUAGCUGCAGGAUUUUUUUUAACAGUUUCCGACUUUAAUUAAACAUGACUGAAAUUACACUUUGACUUUUAGCGCACGAAUGACAAUGCGCGUCGACCACACAGCUGAUCACUGAGGAGAGGAGGUGCUCAGGGAAGCCCUCCGAUGUUCACCUUUUGUCGGCACUUUAAAACAAGCUGUUAAAAUAUUUUGUUUUUUUCCUUCCACGAGUUUCAGUGAGAAUAAAUAAGGACCAUGGCAGAGCACGAGAGCCUGGAGUUUGGAAAAGCUGAUUUUGUGCUUUUGGACAACGUGUCCAUGGAAGAAUUCAUGGCCAACCUAAAACUCAGGUUUGAGAAGGGCAGGAUCUACUCUUACAUCGGAGAGGUGGUCGUGUCCGUCAAUCCUUACCGUGCCAUGAACAUCUACGGCCGCGACACCAUAGAGCAGUACAAGGGCCGUGAGCUGUACGAGAGGCCGCCCCACCUCUUUGCCAUCGCUGACGCUGCUUACAAAGCCAUGAAGAGGAGGAACAAAGACACUUGUAUUGUCAUCUCAGGGGAAAGUGGAGCAGGAAAGACAGAAGCCAGCAAGUAUAUAAUGCAAUACAUUGCUGCUAUCACCAAUCCUAAUCAGAGGGCUGAAGUUGAAAGGGUAAAAAACAUGCUGCUUAAAUCCAACUGCGUCUUGGAGGCGUUCGGGAACGCCAAGACCAACCGCAACGACAACUCCAGCCGCUUUGGCAAGUAUAUGGACAUCAAUUUUGACUUCAAGGGAGAUCCCAUCGGAGGCCACAUCAACAACUACCUGCUGGAAAAGUCCAGGGUGAUUGUCCAGCAAGAAGGAGAGAGAAGCUUUCAUUCAUUCUACCAGCUGCUCAGAGGAGCUCCAGAUUCCUUGUUACGCUCUCUUCACAUCCAGAAGGACCCGACGGCCUACAACUACAUCAAAGUCGGAGGCCAGAUUAAGUCCUGCAUCAACGAUGGGGCUGAUUUCAAAGCUGUAGCCGACGCCAUGAAGGUGAUUGGUUUCACAGGGGACGAGAUUCAGACUGUUUACAAGAUCCUGGCCACCAUCCUACAUCUGGGAAACCUGACGUUCGGGGUGGACGGUGAUGUGACCUUGAUCGAGAACACAAAGCUGGUGUCUGUGAUCAGGGAGCUGCUGUCCACCAAGGAGGAGAAUGUGGAGAAGGCCCUGCUGUACCGCACGGUGGCCACAGGUCGAGAUGUCAUUGAAAAACAGCAUACGGCACAGGAAGCCAGCUAUGGACGGGACGCUCUAGCCAAGGCCAUGUAUGAGCGUCUGUUCUGCUGGAUUGUGGGACGAAUCAAUGACAUAAUUGAGGUGAAAAACUAUGACGCCAGAGUCCACGGGAAGAACACAGUCAUCGGGGUUCUGGACAUCUACGGUUUUGAGAUUUUCCAGAACAACAGCUUUGAACAGUUCUGCAUCAACUACUGUAAUGAAAAGCUGCAGCAGCUGUUCAUCCAGCUGGUGCUAAAGCAGGAACAGGAGGAGUAUCAGAGAGAAGGCAUCCCAUGGAAACAUAUCGAUUACUUUAAUAACCAGAUCAUUGUGGACUUGGUGGAGCAGCAGCAUAAAGGCAUCUUCUCUGUUCUGGAUGAGGCCUGUAUGAACGUGGGCAAAGUCACAGAUGAGGUUUUCCUCCAAGGACUCAAUGGCAAACUGGCCAAACACGCCCACUACACCAGCCGCAAGCUCUCACCAACUGACAAGAGUUUGGAGUUUGACAGAGACUUUCGCAUCAGACACUAUGCAGGAGACGUGGUGUACUCAGUGGUGGGUUUUAUUGAUAAGAACAAAGACACUCUGUUCCAGGAUUUCAAGAGACUGCUCUACAACAGUUCCAACCCAGUACUGAAGGGGAUGUGGCCCGAGGGCAAACUGAGCAUCACCGAGGUCACCAAACGGCCGCUGACGGCUGCCACGCUCUUCAAAAACUCCAUGAUCUCACUGGUGGAGAACCUGGCCUGCAAGGAGCCCUACUACGUUCGCUGCAUCAAGCCCAACGACGUCAAGUCUCCUCUGCUGUUCGAGCAGGAGCGCUGCCGCCAUCAGGUGGAGUACCUCGGCCUGCUGGAGAACGUCCGAGUGCGGCGGGCCGGCUUCGCCUACAGACAGACAUACCCCCGCUUCCUUCAGAGAUACAAGAUGAUCUCGGAGUUUACGUGGCCAAACCAUGACUUGCCAUCAGACAAAGAUGCGGUGAAGAGGCUCAUGCAGGGGUGUGGAUUUGACCACGACGUAGCCUACGGCAAAACCAAGGUCUUCAUCCGCACACCGCGUACCCUCUUCAGCCUGGAGGAGCAGAGAGCCGAGAUGGUCCAACGAAUCGUCCUCUUCCUCCAGAAGGUGUGGAGGGGCACCAUAGCCAGGAUGCGAUACCGGCGGAUGCGAGCGGCCCUCGUCAUCCUUCAGGCUUAUCGUCGCUACAAGGUCAAGUCCUACAUCCGCGAAGUCAACCGCCGCUUUAAAAAUGUAAGAUCCAUGAAGGACUACGGCAGACACGUGAAGUGGCCGACGCCCCCCAAAGUCCUGCGCAAGUUUGAAGAGGCGCUCAGGAGCAUCUACAACAGGUGGUGGGCAUGGACGCUGAUCAAAGGCCUUUCUCCAGAGGAGGCCCUGCAGGUGAGGGCCAAGGUAGCCAGCCUGGAGGCCCUGAAGGGCCAGAGGGCUGACUUGGGCCUACAGAGGGCCUGGGAAGGAAACUAUCUGAAGCGAGACAGCCCUGACACAGCAGCGUCAUUCACACUCGUCUCCAGCGAGCUGCAGCGGAAAGACAAAUUCAUGAGAGUUCUGUUCUCCUGCAACGUGCGCAAGAUCAACCGUUUCCACAAGGCGGAGGACAGGGCUGUGCUCAUCACUGACCGCCACCUGUACAAGAUGGACCCCCUGAAGCAAUACAAGCCCAUGAAGAGCAUCCCCCUCUACAACGUGACUGGAUUGAGUGUGUCCCCUGGGAAAGACCAGCUGGUUGUGUUCCACACCAAGGACAGCAGGGAUCUGGUGGUGUGCCUGCAGGGUAUGGUCCCUGACAAUGAGAGCCGCAUCGGGGAGCUGGUUGGCACCCUGCUUAGCCACUUCAAGAGUGAGAAGAGGAAGCUGCAGGUGAACAUCACGAGUCCCAUCCAGUGCAGCAUGAACGGGAGGAAGUGCACGGUGAUUGUCGAGCCCAAGAUCAACCAGUCACAGCCAGACUUCACCAAGAGCCGGUCUGGUUACAUCCUGGCUGUUCCUGGCAACUAAAAUGGGCCAAACGCAAAAACAGUGACAGCUGAUUUCAAACCAGGCCGGGAUGAUGAUGACGAAGAUGAGGAUGAAUCACUUCUGAUUCACUUCUCGAGUGUUUUGCAGAACUGCUGAUAACGUGACAUUGUAGAUAGCAGCUCUUUAGGAGGAUUGUGAGUCCUCAAAUUGCAAAUCCAAGCCAAAUUUGACCUAUUUGUAGAUUUGUAUGCAAAGUUACAAAGAGAAGAAGUGUACAAUACGCCAGCAAGUUUAAAAACAUGCACUACAAGAUAAUUCCUCAAAGUGUUGUUCUUUCUUUUUGAAAUCCAAAUUUCAAAUGAUUUGCUUUGUGCAAUAUUUAGUUUAUUGUGGACUGAUUAUUGUAAGUCAAGGUGAGAGGAGAUUAUGCAGCAACUGUUGCAUAAGAGGGAAAAAAAUCCAAAGGCUUUGCAGGAAUUUUUAAUCCCUGCAGCUCUCUGUGUAGGAGCCAGUUCAAAAGUGAAACCCUACAAAAAUGAAGUAAGAUGAUAUUCAUGUAUGACUCUGAUUUUUCAGACACUCGGUCAGCUUUGAUGAUCUGCUUUAAAAUAGAAGAAAACAAUAGUUGUGGAUAUAUUCUGAGGAAUAAUAAUGUUAACUGAAUACUUGCCUACCUAGGUGGUAAAUGAAAGGAACUGCAGCAUCUACGUUUGGUUCAUUAAAUGUUUACAAUCACAUAUGGGAACAGCAAGUGGGCAAAUGUGAUUCAGUAGUUCAGGCAGUGUCUUAUGCACAAAUUCAUUGUUAGUGUGUUAGUCACAGGAUGUUAAGUAGGAUGUGUUGAGCAUGUCCCGAACAUUGCAGCCUGCUACAUACAAGGCGCUAAAAUCUAUUAAUUUAAAUCCUUCAUCUUAUACUCUCUAUGGCCAUGUCUGUACUUUUUAAAUUUUCUUAUACUGCUUAUAUAUUAAACGUUAGAACAUACUCUGUUUGAGCAGCGUAAGAUCACAAAUAUGUAUAUGCACAGCACCUAUACUGCAUUUAGUGGACAGAGGAUUGUGAUAACUAAUACUGUAAUAAUACUGUAGAAGGCAAUUAUGAAGACGAUAACCAAAGCAUUACUUUUUUCCAAGCGGUAUUUUUACUCCAUAUUCUCUUAAAAUGUAAGACUUAAACCUUCAGCUUAGCAACAGAGUCUCGCAGGUCAGUACUGUAUAAUCCCAUGUGAACUCCAGCCCCUGAACAUAGUCUCAUUUGCUGUCUUUGAGUUAAGUGAAUAGCCUAAUGACUUGUAGUGGUCCUAAGUCCUUUAGAAUAGUCUUCCACUUGAUAAAUAGCCCCUUCAUCAGAGAGAAAGAGAGUGUGUGAGUGCAACUGUGUGUGUUGAUUAGCUCUUUUAGCUCUCCUCUUUUUGGCUCGGAGGCUGAGGGCCUGGCCAGUGGCCACAGUGAAGGAGCGAAGACAGAGGGGUGUGGUCUGUAAUCAGACGGCUGUCCUACUUUACCUCCCUCUCUAAUGAUGGGAAGGACUUUUUGUGUGAAUACUACGGCUGUUCGGAGACUUGGUUCUCGUCUAAAUUCGUCUUAGCUAAAUUCUCUUCACUUUUCUGGAGCCAAAUCACACUAAUCACAUCGUCAGCUCUCGAGCACCCAGAGCUCGGUUUGUACUGUUCUCACAAGCUGCCGGUUGUUUGCACGUUACAAUAUGUUCACUCUCCAACCACUGCAAAACAUUUGUGGCCACACAGAAGCUCACGAGAUGAUGGUGGCUUUAUGCUGUGUGUUUAAUAUUAAUAUCCAUUCAUACAUAAGACACAAAUACCUGUUCAGCACCAGCAGUAGUUAGUUGCAGUGGUUUUCUGAGGUAUGUUGUUUUUUGAAUGAAGAUUGUGUGAUGACAGCAAAUGAAUUCUUGCCACGUUAUAAAACGUCUUCAGUGCCGAACAUGGAAGGAGCUCAUACGUAGAUGGAGGAUUUUGUUAGCUUGAUGUUUUACGUGACAGUAAACGUCACAAAUUCUUCGGAUGAGAGAACCAACAUUAAAUUUACCCACAGAGACUCAUCUGCAUGGUCUCUGUGUGGAGACUGUGUAAAGAAGCCCGACUGUGGGCUGAGGAGCGACAGCCCAGGGUUAUGAAUCGGAGCUCCCUCGGUGUCUGGCCUAGUUGAAAAGGCAGGGACACUCUGCACUUCAACAGGAAGCAAAACCUGUUAGCAGUCGUUUUAGCCAAGCAGCACGGCACCUCUAAUUGUACUUGAGUGUUGCCUGAACAAGUCGUUUAUCUUAAUUAGUUUGCAAGCGGCCCUGUCUUUUGAAGAGGCAAAUCUCCAUUCUACCUCGCAGCUUUGUGGUGGAUGACCUUGUCCUGUGGCUUGAUAAGGCACUUUGACGCAGAAAAGAGUUGUUUGGGGAAAUUGGUGCAUUCACAGUGUGGAUUAAGGAAGUGACAUUGGUAGCUUUAAUAGACGGUUUUCAGUGGAGCUUAGGUGCAGUGGCUGCCUGUGAUGAGUGUGUGUGUGUGUGUGUGUGUGUGUGUGUGUGUGUGUGUGUGUGUGUGUGUGUGUGUGUGUGUGUGUGUGUGUGUGUGUGUGUGUGUGUGUGUGUGUGUGUAUGUGGACUUUAACGCUGCAGCUCUCCAUAUCCCUCAGCCUGGUAAUCUCCCACAGGGCUUCUCCUCUCCUCCUCUCUGCUCGCCUAUUCACCGCUUAUCAUUAGGAUGGACUCCGUGUCACUUCUCACUUCAGCGCUUCUCUCUUUGCUUUCUUAAGGCAAAGGGGGUUGGUGAACAAAGCCUCGCUUGGCCUUCUCUCCUCCUCUGCUCCCUCUGCUUUCUUUUUCCUCCCUCCCUCCUUUCCCACUUCCCUUCGCCUGUCAGAUCACUUGGCUCCUCGCCCAGCCGGGCUGACUGUACCGUCCUGCAGGGCAGUGAAGGUUUUCAUGUUUUUGUUUUUUGUUUUUGUUUUUUUCCUUCAGACCGUCCUGUGCCCAGGAGGUGUGGAAAUGGAAAGGGAAAGUACACCAGUAACAAGGCUUGUCAAACAAUAGGAAUAUCAUGCAGCAACAAAAACUUGGGAAGUUUUGGGAAAAAAUGAGACAAGGCUGAAGUAUAUUAACCAGAAAUGUAAAUACUGUGGAUCCAAAACCAAUUAAGGGAUAAGGACGGUGUCAUAUUUUUGUUAUUGUAAACAAAGUCCAUGAAAAGACCAAGACAGGAGACACUGAGUAUUUACAGCAACAGGACUGUGCAUUUGGGAUUGAGUUCAAACAAACUACAGUGGCCAUGUUCAUCAUAGUGAAGGAACAUGUCACCCGGUGCAACUAUGUGACUCAGUGAUGUGUUUUCUGUAGUUUCUGGACGAUGGAGUGGCACAGAGGCAUGAAAUAUAUCAGGCUUUAGAUACACAGAUGAUAUCUGACCAUAGGAUGAAUUUAUUGUUGGUUUGGUCUUUUCAUGAGUUUUUGUUGACACUAAGAAAAAUACUGAAUGUCACCAAACUUAUCCUUCAGUGCGCUCUGAUUUGUUUUUGGUGUGCAAACCCAAUCAGGAAUAAUUACUUUUUCAUUAUAUUGAUCAUCAGCUUUACCGCAGACUUGACCUAAUUAGCUCUUUAAAAAUGAGCAUGAGUGAAUUUCAGAUAUGAAUGUUAACACUGUGACUUGUGCCAUUGGGUUCUUCUCCUCACUGGUCUCUAUGGUGAGAGCUUAACAAGUACAUUCCUCCAGUUUUCAGUGUUUUUUUUUCCCCAGAAUAUUUGACACAAGACUCCAUCAUCAAGCCCGUCCACGUUAGCCAAAGGGUAACAAAUUCCAAUUUUCUAUUAUUUAUUCUGUGGCUUUAAGCAAAAUCUGUACCAUGCACCAUUUAUUCAGUAUGUGCCUAAUUUUAUAUUAAGUUUAUAUUUUGCAUAUUUGUGUAAUAUUUCACUAUUACAUACCAUAGAUAUACUGUAAUAUCCAGACCACGUCUAAAGGGAUACUAUUUUGUGCAAAUGUAUUCUGUAUAAAUGCAGAUUAUGCAUUCCAAUGAUGUUCCAUGAUGAAAAAUAUUUCAUUAAUCACUUUAUUAAUAAAUUUAUUUGCUUCAGUAUCUGCUCCA